CGCGUUCUCGGGAAUGAAGUGUGCUCAAGGUGCUUUUGUGUUGUUAAUUUCGCUUGAGUGUGCUUACUCGGAUGGCGCAAUUUUCGAAAGACGCGGUAUGGUAUCGUUCGCCUGCCGUACAGUUCAGUCGCGUUGGUGGCUGCAUGCGAUUUGACGUAUUCCAAUCUGCGCGUAGUGAUGUCACUUGUGCUCUUAUUUAAUGAAAUCUCAGGUGUUCAUCGCGUAAUGUGCGAGUGAAUUGUAAACAUUGACAGUGAUAUUGUAACCCAUGCAGUGAUUUUUUCCAAAAGUGUAAUGGACUGUUACUAUUCGAAAUUUUUCCCGAGGCGUAAGUGACAAAUGGGAUCGUAUGUGCGGUGAUUGGGUACAAUCAUGAUGCAUCCUGCUGGAUACUACGCUAAUCUUGCGAGCGGCGCGCUCGCAGCCGGCACCAUUGCGUCUCCGUGGAGCACGCCGGCCGGCGCGCCCGACACCAACGGAUCGGGCGGCGCCGAUGCCAAGCACCUCGACGUUGGCGACGCGAGCGACGAUGAAAAGGACUUGUCAGCAGCUGAUGCGGAGGGUGUAUGGAGUCCCGACAUCGAACAAAGUUUUCAAGAGGCACUCGCCAUUUACCCCCCAUGUGGAAGACGGAAGAUUAUUCUCUCGGAUGAGGGCAAGAUGUACGGCCGAAAUGAGCUGAUAGCGAGAUAUAUAAAAUUAAGAACAGGAAAAACACGCACAAGAAAGCAGGUGUCAUCACAUAUACAGGUGCUAGCUAGGCGGAAACUUCGUGAAAUACAGGCUAAACUUAAAGUGGAUGGUGGUAUGAUGAAAGAAAAGGCCAUGCAGUCAAUGAGCACCCUCUCUAGCGCACAGAUCGUGGCGGGUCUGCCACAUCCAGCGUACCAUCAUACGCAAUUUUGGCAACCAGGUUUACAAGCUGGAACUUCACAAGACGUGAAGCCGUUCCCGGGUGCUGGCUACAAGGGCGUGCCCGGUGUCGGCAGCGUCGGCGUGCCGGGCGGCACCGACGUCGCACCGCCGCCGCCCUGGGAGGGUCGCGCCAUCGCCACGCACAAGCUGCGGCUCGUGGAGUUCUCGGCCUUCGUGGAACACCCGAGGGACCCGGAUACGUAUCCGCCGAGUACAACGCUAUCACAACAUCUAUUCGUUCACAUAGGUGGUUCAGUUACAUACGCCGAUCCACUAUUAGAGUCGGUAGAUGUGCAACAAAUAAAUGAUAAGUUCCCUGAGAAGAAAGGCGGCUUGAAAGAACUCUACGAGAAGGGACCUCGGAACGCUUUCUUCUUGGUCAAGUUCUGGGCGGAUCUAAACACAAAUAACUUAGACGAUCCCGGAGCGUUUUAUGGCGUAACUAGUGUGUAUGAAAGCAACGAAAACAUGACCAUCACGUGUAGCACAAAAGUGUGUUCAUUCGGGAAGCAAGUAGUCGAAAAAGUGGAGACGGAGUACGCGCGGUUCGAGGGGGGGAGGUUCGUGUACCGCAUCCACCGCUCGCCGAUGUGCGAGUACAUGGUCAACUUCAUACACAAGCUCAAGCAUCUACCUGAAAAAUACAUGAUGAAUAGCGUGUUAGAGAACUUCACUAUUCUUCAGGUGGUGUCAAAUAGAGAUACUCAAGAGACAUUGUUAUGUGCCGCGUUUGUGUUUGAAGUGUCGAACAGUGAACACGGAGCGCAGCACCACAUCUACAGGCUCGUGAAAGACUGAACCACGCACCCAUCCCUCCUUCCCUCCGCCUGUCCGUAGCUAUCAUUCCCUCGGCACACCAACUUCUAAAUAUGGACCUCACAAAUCUUCACCCAUACAAAGGUCCAAGUGCUUACUUAUCUCCGACAAAACCUUAUAUCCGUUUGUUACAUAAAACAUAACGUCUGCUACGAAACUGUAGUCAUUAACUAGAGUGAUAAAAUAGAAAAACUAUGUAGCCCGAGCUGACUUGAACCCGAAGCCCAUUAAUUGAAA